AGCGGGUGCGCGGCGGCCAUCUUAGAAUCGGAGAGAAUCCGCAGAGAAGCGGCGACGGUGACGGCGAGAGGGAGAGGGACGGAGAGAGACCUGGGCCCCGGACCAGCUCAGCUCCUGCUCCAGUUCCCGUUCCAGUUCCACUCUGCUUUGUCCCAGAUUUAUUUCUUUUAGGUGGUGGUGAGACAUCAAGUCAUCAGAAUAAUACUCUGCAAACCUAUUUCUGGCUUUAGUGCAGUUUCAUUGACACUUGGAAUACUGUACAAACACAAACCAAAAGAGGUGCUGAGUUGACAUUCACAACCUUCUGAUGCAUUAGUCUCUAUGGCUGCCAGCGCUAGACUUCGUGUCAGACGCUGUCCCCACCAAUAUCUGAAUUAAAAAGCAAACUACAGAAACACUGAACCAUUCAAGUGAUAAUCAUUAGACCAAUUCAUCUGUUGUUGACUACUCAGAACAGCACACCUUGGGAGUCUCCAACAGAGGUUGUAGGUUGGGGGCCUGACCUUGGGUCAAGAGCUGUUGUCAAAGACAAGGAGAUGGCAGCAGAGACUCAGACACUCAACUUUGGACCAGAAUGGCUUCGUGCAUUGUCCAGUGGUGGAAGUGUCACGUCCCCACCUCCUUCACCUGCAUUGCCAAAAUACAAAUUAGCAGAUUAUCGAUACGGAAGAGAAGAAAUGCUAGCACUUUAUAUGAAAGAUAAUAAGGUUCCUGAAGAGUUGGUGGAUAAAGAAUUCCUGGCUAUUUUACAGGAUGAACCACUUCUGCCCUUGGCACUUGUACCUCUUACAGAGGAAGAGCAGAGGAACUUUUCAAUGUCUGUGAACAGCUCGGCAGUGAUGAGGUUGAUGGGGCGGGGAGGAACAGCCCCACCAGCAGGGGUAGUCAGAGGCCGAGGUGGUGCCAGGGGCCGAGGCCGAGGAAGAGGGGAAAGCGGUUUUUACCAAAGAAGUUUUGAAGAUGGAGAAGGGGGGUUUGGCCGUGGAGCUCGUGAAAUGCUGCGAAGCCAGAGCUGGGAGGAAAGGGCUGACAGAAGAUUUGAGAAGCCUGGCCGUAGAGAAGGAGUGGUGUUUGAAGAAGUGGCCCCAACAACGCGCAAGCAGGAUUUUUCUCGUUCCGACAGUGAGAACUGGCGAGCCAUCCGUGAGGAGCAGAACGGCGAAGAUGAUGAUGGAGGCUGGAGAACAGCUGGCGUACGAAGAGAAGGUGACCGGUGGCGACCCCCAAGCCCAGAUGGUCCUCGCUCCGCAGGCUGGAGGGACCAUGUUGAUCAGCAGCGGCGGCGGCGCUUUGACUUUGACUUUCGGGACCGAGAUGAGGAGCGUUCAUACAGGAGGGGCAGGACGGGCAGUGGCAGCUACGAAGAUGAGAAGGAUAAUUUGCCCGAAUGGUGCCUGGAAGAUGCAGAAGAGGAAAUGGGAACGUUUGAUUCAUCUGGGGCUUUUAUGUCAUUGAAGAAAGGUUCCAAGGAGCCAAUUCCCGAAGAGCAGGAGCUGGAGUUCAGAGGAGUGGAUGAAUUGGACGAGCGGCCAGAAAACGAAUACGAUAUGGAAUAUUAUAAGGAAUCUGAUAGGACGGAAAAUGGUGAAACAGACAGAACAGAUCUGCUAACCGAAGCAUACAACGGCAAGACCUCACCAUCGUGUUCGUCAUCCUCUCCGUCGGAGUCCCAGCCACAGGAGGUGUUCCUUCCGGUACCUGAAGAAUGUGAGGCUGUGCUACAUCGAGCUGAAGCAGAGCUGACAGAUUCUGUGUCAGACGCCCAAGGACACAACAAACUUGUAGAUGAAGCUGUGAAUUUGGGCCAGCCUGCUCAGCUGAGUCCAGCCACGGUCUCAACCUUAUCAUCCUCUUCACCUUCCUCCUCUCCUCCUGGUACUGUUGCUGAAUUCAUCCCAGCGGAUAACGACGACGAUGAAGGGAUGAAACGUUUCGAGCAGGAAGCUGAGAAAAUGGUUGCAUCGCUGCACGACAACACGCUGGACGAUGAGCAGUUUGUUGAGAUGAUGCAGGACCAGAGGAGUCGAGCUGCUGCUGCUGCCUUGCCGCUCUCGCAUGAGGCAGCUAUGAAGUGGUUCUACAAAGAUCCACAAGGAGAGAUUCAAGGCCCAUUUACGACGCAAGAAAUGGCUGACUGGUUCCAAGCUGGAUACUUUCCCAUGUCCCUGCUGGUCAAACGGGGCUGUGAUGAGGGUUUCCAACCUCUGGGCGAUGUGAUAAAAAUGUGGGGAAGAGUGCCUUUUGCUCCUGGACCCUCCCCACCACCAUUGCUGGGCGAUAUGGACCAAGGGAGACUGAAAAAGCAGCGCGAGUUGGCAGCUGCCCUGUAUCAUCAGCUUCAGUACCAGCAGUUUCUACAGCUCAUAAACAGUCGGCAACAGCUCUUACAGUGUGCACUGCAGCAGAAGGCAAACAUGACACCCCAACAGCAACAGCAACUUGUGCUGUUUCUUCAGCAGAUCCAGAACCUCAAAUCCAGGUGUGCAGAACAAAAUUUGAUUCCUCCUAUCAACAGAUCUGUGUCAGUUCCCGAAACUGGGUCCCUCUGGGACCUUCCAUCCUCUGCUUCACAGCCCUCAGGCUGUGACGUGGGUAGUUUGUGGGAUUCAGUAUCUCAGGGUCCGCUAAUGGAACAAAUUCAAAAACUAGAGCGGGAGAAAGCUUCAAAAUUAAAGCAGGAGCGAAGAGAUGUGGAGCUUAGGAACAAAAGGGAAGAAGAUGACAGAAAGCGGCAGGAUGAAAUCCGGUGGCAGGAAGAGGAGCGCAAGCGUAGAGACGAGGAUGAGCUCACAAGGAGGAAACAGGAAGAGGUGGUCCGAUUUCAAAGGGAGCAGCAGGAGGAGGCUGCCCGGCGCCAAAGAGAGGAAGAGGAUCGGAGGCAAGAGGAGGCCUUGAGGCGACGUGAUGAGGAGGAAAGGCGACAGAUGGAGGACCUCUUACGAAAACAGGAGAAGGACCGGCGGUGGCUGGAGGAAGAGGAGAGCAGGCGCCAGCUGGAGGAGGAGGCCAGGCGCAGGCUUGCUGAGGAGGAGGACCGGAAACGCAAAGAGAUGGACCUGCAACUUCAGCGGCAGCAGGAAAUGCUGAGGCACAGGCAGCAGCAGGAGGCACUGAGGCGCUUGCAGCAGCAGCAGCUGGCACACAUAAAGAUCCCUUCUUCCACUACAUGGGGGCAGCAGUCCAACUCGGUACCACCUCUUCAGAAGCUAGAGGAGGAACGGGAACGACAGCGCAGGGAGGAGCAGUGUCGUCAGCAGCAGGAGAUAAUGAAGGCACUCCAGCAGCAUCAGCAGAAGUCACCUGGCUGGAACAGCAUCCCCAAACAGUCUAUGUCUGUAAAGUCACUACUGGAGGUGCAGCAGGAACUGCAGAAACAGCAGCAGCAAAGGGCGCAGGCACGGGCUCAUUCCGGUAUACCUAUCAACAACUCCUCGGUGUGGGGACUGCCUGGCCAGUGGGGGUCUGAUAUGAACAACAUGUGGAGCGUGCACGAAACGAAGAGCUCCAACUUAAGCCUGUGGGGGGACGAUGCCGUGAAGAGCACAGGCCCAGUGAUCAGGAACGCAGGGUUGAAGAACAGCAGGAGCAGUCCUUCAUUAAGCGACACGUACGGAAUUGCCACCAGACCGAGCAAGAAGAAAACGGAAGAUGAGGAGAAGUUACUAAAGCUGUUCCAGGGAAUGAACAAAACUCAAGAUGGCUUCACACAGUGGUGUGAACAAAUGCUGCACGUCCUCAAUACAGCCAACAACCUAGAUGUUCCUACGUUUGUGUCCUUCCUUAAAGAAGUGGACUCGCCAUAUGAGGUGCACGAUUACAUUCGUGCAUACUUGGGUGACACCACCGAGGCCAAAGAGUUUGCCAAGCAGUUCUUGGAACGUCGUGCCAAACAGAAGGCCAACCAGCAAAGACAGCAGCAGCAACAGUUAACAAAGGAGCUAUUAGGCCUUACCGGGAGCAUCUCUCUGCAGCCUGACAGAUUACAGGACUCCAUCUGGGCAAACAGCUUACAGUCACUGUUCCAGGCCAAUCACAACAGUGCACAGCAGUCAUCUUAUGAGAGCUCCCAAGCUGGGAAAAAGAAAAAGAAGCAAAAGAUGGUGAGGGCUGAUCCUAGUAUCCUGGAUCCUGGAUGGUUGAUUUGAAUCUGCAGCAUCUAUUUAUUGACUCGCUCGUCAAAAGGAGUGGUUUACUCCAAGACUUUGUGAUCUUGAAAGCCUUCAUUUGAUGUAGGAAAAUACCCUUUUAUCAUACAGGCAUCUGAAUUGCAUGCCCAAAUAUCAUAACUGCUGUUUCCUACUGUGCUUUUAAGUUUAAGCUAGAGGUAAAGCAUAACUGUAGCAUUGAGAACUUGGGACCAGACUCAUUUCGAUUUGAAAAAAAAAUAUCCCUUUUAAUUUGUGUACUUUCUUUUAAAUGCAAUAGGCUUCUCUGUGAAUGCAUCAUCAGAGCGACUCAAUAUGGGAGAAAUAGAGACAAUGGAUGACUUUUAAACAAGGUUUAAAAAAAAAAAAAAGUUCCUAAAAGCUGCCUUUGACUCCUAAUUGACCGUACCUGGAACAUGCUUCAUGGUAGGCGACUACAGUGGUGAAUCCAGGAUCUCCGCUCUCUGUGCUGGCAAGAAGUCUGACAUUCACUUAAUUUUGUUUUUGUGAACCCUCUGGGUACUUCUGCUCUUCAUUGGAUGAAGCACCUUAAUAACCAUGCACUUUAUCAGACAUUGUACAUAGACUGAAACUGGAGGUUUUCUUGAAUAUAAAGUUCCUUUUUUUUGGAAAUAUAUCUGCAAAACACUGUUACUGUUUUUAAAAAAAAAAGAAGAAAAAAAAAGGUUUUUUUUUUUUUUUUUGAAAGGAUGUGGAACCUGAAGAAAUGCACUUAAAAGACUGAAUCCAGAACUGGAACUUAUGGUGUGCUAUAGUUUGGACAAUGUGAUUUGAGUGUGUAGGCCCCCUUUUUUUAAAAACAAAAAAAAAGAAGAAAGAGGCAGAGAGAGGCAGAGAGAGGGAGUAAGAGAGAGAAAGACAGAAGGGAGAAAGAGGAUCAGGAGGCCACUUACUCAGUUUUGCUUUGGUAGCAUGUAAAGCACCGAGCUACAUUGGACUAAUCCGAACAGCACUGCACGAGAGUGGAUUUUCAGCGUUUACGUGGUGCUUUAUACAAGGAAUGUAUAAAAAAAAAAAAGACAAUAAAUAUGUACUUGGACAGAGUAGUUCAAGUGGACUGCUGCGCUGACAGCUUUUUGUUGGUUUUGUUUCUUAAAAAAAAAAAAAGCUAUAUCCCCCCCCCCCCCCACCUCCUCCCCAUCCCUUCCAGGGUGAAGUAACUCUUAACCUGAGACUCCAAGCUCACCGGCAGUAACGAGGAACCGCACGGCUUGCAACGCACCCAGAAGCGGGUGGCGGCAGAAGAAUCGUUGGGGGGGAAAAAAGGAAAGAAAGGGGGGGAAGAGAGAGAGUGAGAGAGAGAGAGUGAGAGAGAGAGAGAACUCGGCCCUCCCGUUUUGAUUUGUUCUUCAAGAUGGCGGAAAGAUCCUUUAUGUUCCCCUCCAUCCUCCCCCCCCCCCCCCCCCCCCCCCCCUCACUUUAUUCCACUGAGGUGACUCUUAACAGCACUGCAAGGGCUGUACACUAAUUACCACUGUUCGUGUGGGACCAUUUCAGUCUUGUGUGUAUUUUUUUUUAAAGAAAAAAAGGAUAGUUGUAUACGGUAUAAGUUUGUGCGUGUGUGUGUGUGUUUUUUUUCCCUCCCAAAUUUAAACUUCUGUUCCCUCUUGGAAUGGAUCCAGAGCGGUAGGACUGAAGUGUACCUCUUUCGAAAGUUGGCUGCUUUAUCUUUUGGACUCCUGGCGGAAUGGCUCCCACUGACGAUGCAUGUUUUUUGUUUUUGUUUUUUUCCUUCUUCUUGUUUUUCUCUUAUCAAACCACAACUUGUCUUAAAAAAAAAAAAAAAAGCUUUAAGAAACGAGAGGUGACCCACAGGUUAGUACGAGGCGAGCCACAGGGUGGGAAGAGUGUGCUCGCUCCACGAGGAAGAUUGCACGAGCGAGUGGAGUCUAGCUGGCUGGAGCCGGGACAGAAUGAAGUCAGUAAGUGUGUAGUUGCGCUCUGCCUGUGAGAGUCUAUUUUAAAAAUGGUAGUGAAACCCUUUGGAGGAGAAACAACUGGGAUUCAGUCACCCAGGGCCCAGACCCUUGCACUGCAGAAUUAUCCCAGUUUGCCAACUCUGGUGCCUCUCAGCUGAGGAAUUUUUCAGAUAACACCAGACCCUUAAUCGGCAGGUUCUGCUGACAAUAUCCGUUCUUGCUCCAGAGGCUCCCGAUGUACAGCAUCCGAGUGGAUCAGGAAUCGGCCUGGAUAUGGCGUUAGUCCGUACACCGGACCGCGAGUGUAGUGUGUUUUCCAAGAUUCACGCGACGUUUGAGUCGAGGACCUACUUUUGAGGAGGGAGAGGUGGUGGUGUUCCAAUUGACAUGGGGCCUACGGAGUUUAUCGUGCUUGCAGGACAGGAGAAGAGAAUCUGGGUUAGGUGCAGUGGUUUGGGAGUGAUUGCAUAUCAUUAACUCAUUGUGGUAACUGGUUAUAAUGUAAUUGUGUAAAUGUAAAGACCAUUUCAGUAUUAACUAACCUCAAGUGUACUUUUCCAACUCAAAAGUGAGUGCAUCUCCGAAUUUGUUGGUGUGAAAAGGCUGUUUGCACCGCUCCGAAUGCGGUUUCUCAAUUUCCUCCCGUCCACAAAUGCAUUCAACUAGCUGAGUUUUAUUACACAUGCACUCCAGACCGCUGUUUAAAAUAGGAAUUGGGCGUGAAGGGAGUAACUGCAACUGUUUCACCCAUGUACGUGUGUUCGCCCCCUGCUGAUGUUAAUUUUGUACCCACCCUGAUCCACCUACGAUGCACCCUUGCAUCUGGUUCACUUCUGCAGUGGAUGCAAGAAGGCAGAAUUAGUUUUUUUGUUCAAAAAGUGGCUGCAUCUUCCUGUCCCUGAUUGAAAGCGUUUAAAGUGCAUUGUGCCUGAUUUCAGAUUGCUGCUUCCACUCUGGGUUUUUUAAAUCUUAACUCGCUUGUUAAUAUUCAUUCAAACAACCCCAUUCAAUAAAUUACCCGAAGCAAGUUAAAGGAGGAUAGUUUCCCUUUAAACUUAAAUGCGUUCAAACAGGCGGAAGUUACAGAAGCGUUAAUUGGUGGUGCAUUGUCCAGGUUGCUCUCAUGAGGAUAGAGUUUGUAAACAGUGCUUUAAUGCUGUGUGUGCUUCCUUGAUCACUGGUGCUGGGGAAAUAUGCGCACAAGAUUGGGAGCAUAAUAUAUUUGUGUAAGCAUUAAGAUGCAGCCAGUAUGGUACAAGCAGUCCUUUCCCAGUGUACUCUGUUUUUGAAUUUACCACAAGCAUCUUCACUCCCAAAGCCUGGUGUCAUUGGAAGAGUUGACCUGCUCGAGUCCUCGUCAACUUGCAUGCCCUCCACCCACCGACUUUCUAGGUUAGGAUUCAGAUACUUUAAGAAGCCUGUGCUGCAUCCACAUUUUAGACAAAACGCACAAUUUAUUUUUUAAGUGGGUCGGGCACAGGGAGGGCAAGAAUCACCACAUGACCUCUAAUCUACCGGCAGAUAUUCUUUCUGUCCAUUCCCCCAGCUAGCUUUCUGCGCUACUACUUGUUUGAAGUUCUCCUGGGUAGGCUGGUUGAGUUGUUGCAGUCUCCAAAAGAGUUCACUGCACCAGAGCCACCAGAUUGGUGGUUAUGUUCUGAACUGGUCCCUUCAAAUAACUCCCACUGACCACGCAGGGAUUUCUUCCCCCCACCCCCCCUCCCCUCCCUUGUAUCACUAGCUUAAUCCAUCUAUCUAUCCGCAUCCCAGAGUUGAGAGACAAGAUAUAUGAAUGUACCAGUGGUUGUCCCCCCAAAUGUACACACUUGGUCUGGUUGUGGUGAGUUCCUUCGUGUAGCCUUUGAAUGUUUUAUUGUAUCGAGCGUGGUCUAAUGCCAAGAUUAAAGGCCGAUGCAGGGGAUGGGAAGAUGAGCAUAGGACAAAUGCAUCGGCUGCUGCAAGGGAUGCAUUGCGUGGACUCCAGGCCUCCGUGUGGUUUUACAUAAUCCCCCCCCUCCCCAGGCCACAGCACUCGGCAUGCUCGGCCCUAGGGAUUAGCUUCACUGCAAGAUUUCCUCACCUUGUGCCCGUUUUGUGUUCGGCUGCUAUUGAAAGGAAUGACGAUUGUAAUAAAAAGCCAUGAGCUAGCUUGUUCAGCCUCGGCUGUAUUGUUCCAGAUAUGAAGCACCACUUAUUGCAUAAGCUAAAUUAAUUCUGCACUCUUCUCGGUGUAGAUGUGUAUAUUUUAAACCAUGUCAGGUUUUAGUUUUUUUUUUGUUUCUUUGCGCAAUGCCACAUUUGCUUUCUGGAGCAUGUCCAGGAAUGUAGGCAAAUGAAGGAGGGGUUUGUUUUUGGGGAGGGGGGGGGGGGGGAAAGGGAGGGACAUUGCGGAGUUAAUGCAAGUUGGAUGACUUAUUUGCACAACUGUUUCAUUUGAUUUUACAACCAAUAUCUGUUGUGUGUGGGAGGGGAGGGGAGGGAUUGGGUGGGGGUAUGGGACGAGUGUAAUGUACUUUAAAAAAAAAAAUGUUGUGCAUAGUCUCCGGAGCUUUGUAGAUACUCUGCUUAAUUGUAUAAAUAACUUGUACUUUUCGUUGGUUGGAAGCCUGACUACACAGUAAAGUUUAAGCCUCCCUCUGCUAAACAUAAGACAUUAUUUUCCAGGUUGAGGAGUUCUGUGAAUACUGCCUUUUCACAAGUCUUUCGAGCUUUGCAUUCUUUCUGUGGAUGUAAUAAAGGGGGGGGGGGGGGGGGGGGGUUGGGGGAGGGGGGGGGGAGAGGUAAAAUAUGACAGACAAAUGUAAAUAGUUUGAGAUGUAAACAAAAACUACAGAAUAAAUUCGUACUGGGUUUCUGAAACU